GAAGUAAAUAGCAUGAACAAUUAGCUCAACCCACUGUCACCACAUUAGAAAAUAAAUUGAAUAGACUUACCUACGAUCUACCAAUAACUGAACAGAGGAUUAAAGAGCUUUUCAACUAUUCAUUGGCUUUGAACACUUGUGUGGUAUACAUUUUACAGAUUGGUGAUAUAUGGAAUACCCAUUUAAUAAAAUAAACGCUAGUUUUGUCAUGUGACUUUAUGUCGAAAGUAUGAUCAUUGAGGAUUGUAAACAGUUAAUGUGUAUAAUAAACGAGUGGACCUUAAGUCUUCGUGGCUAAUUUUCCAUUUUAUUUUUCGCUUUUAAAUGAUGUGUCUAAUACAUAUCAAUACACAUUGUUAACACACUGGAUACUCAGGACUUGAAGUUGUAUUACGGUGCGACGUUUUUAAAAAAAAGCACCAUUAAAUCAUAUGAUACACAAAAUGGAUAACAGUUGUCUAAUAGCUUGGUUGCUGUCAGUGGUCUAUUUGAACGCUGUUAUAGUUUCAACCCAAUCAUGCGGCUCCCAAAGUUCGUGCGAAUCAUGUACGAGCAGGAAUACCUUUUCACCAAAACAAGACAUCAAAUGCCGUUGGUGCUCACUAGAUAAUCAGUGCCACAUAUUCGAUGAAUUCAACAACCCUUGCGAUUCCGACAUGAACAUUAAAGAACGUUCUUUAUGUAAAAGCUCCGCAAGUGACAAGAAAUACAAUGAAAGCAAGGCAUUGAUGUUCACGAAACUGUCCGCUGUUGCAUACGCCGAACCAGAGUAUUUGUCAAAAUGCAUCAAACAUAUUCUUCCAAACGACGAUUUCGAGAUUAUGGAAGCUAUAGGGAGAAAGUGUGAGAGGUGGUUUGACUACAAGGAGUGUUUUGUAUACACUGCUUUAUCACAUCGUCAUCGCACUAUCCUCGUUGGUUACCGAGGAACGACACAAUUCAUGCAACUUACGGAGCAAGCUUUUUCGGGCAAGUCGGCUGAUACAGAUUGGGUAUUGACACAUGAAGACGGAAAAAUUCAUAGGUAUUUCAAUUUUGCGUUUAACAGGCUAUAUGAUCCAUGUAUUCAAGAAAGCGUAAAAAAACUAGCCACAGAAUACAAGACGUACGAAAUAGUGGUUACAGGUCAUUCUCUUGGCGGCGCUAUGGCAUCUUUAACUGCCUACUCUCUAGUUCAAAAGGGAGUUGUUGCAAAGGAGCGCAUGUCACUGUACACGUUUGGCAUGCCGCGAGUUGGAGACACAAGAUACGCUUUCAAUCACGACAACAAAGUUCCAAACAGCUGGCGUAUCAUCCAUUGGCGCGACAUGGUUGCAAGGAUUCCUCCAAAGAUUUUGGGAUAUUAUCAUCAUAAAAUGGCGGUUUUGUAUCCGGAAAACAUGCCGCUAAAUUCUAAUAAUUACACAAUUUGCACAGACAAUGAAAAUUCGACAUGCAGCUUGUCGAUAACGAUGAACUUGGAGCAGCAUAGUUCGUACUUCGGGAUAAACUUGGGUGACUACUGUCAAACUACUUUGAAAUACAAGAGAGAAACGGAUGAACCCAGAUUUCCCGAAGGUCACUGUCAGGUCAUAACGUUGAAAGGCGCCGGGGAAAUGUUAAAUACGAUCAUAAUAAAUGUGACGGAAAGCACGUGCGACUUUGAGAUAGACAAUUGCGAUUGGACGAAAAGUAACGGAAGUACCUUCUCUUUCAAGAGAAUUAAUGGUUCAAGCGACAGUGCAGGAAUGACCGGACCCAGUUUUGAUUCCACGGGAUCCGUCUCAGGUCAUUACAUUUACGCCGAAGCCUCAGGUAACAUGAAGCAAUUGACAAAACUGCGCUCUCCAAACUUCUUCUCCGGUUUGUAUUGCUUUGAGUUUUUCUACCACAUGUACGGCGAGGAUAUGGGUUCUCUAACGCUCACUAUGCACUCAUCGAAAACAUCGUCCAGGGAAAUAUUUCAAGAAUCUGGCGACCAGGGAAAUCAGUGGAAGAAAGUGCGCAUAAACGUGAACGUUACCAAAUGGAAGGAUGUCCUGAUCUAUUUUGAAUUUGAGGCGAGGAUUGGUAAAAGCUACAAAAGCGAUAUCGCCAUGGACAGCAUCCGCAUUACACCAACAAGGUGUUGAAACUGAUGAUAGCAAACUGAGAAAUGUUCAAUAUAAAUACAUCCAGAGAAUCCUGGCUACAAAAACAUAUAUUUUUAAGGCCAACCUGUCCAACACAAAUUGGUGUGAUUUAUGUAGUGAACACAUUGCUACAGUAUUUCAUCUUUUCUUGGAGUGUUAACAUAUUCAAACUCUAUGGAACCCAUUGACACCCUUUCCUUUUUAGAGAAACAACAAUUACAUUUUAAACUGUCUUAGAAAUCAGUUUAAGGGUAAAGUCCUUCAAAAUACUAGAGGUUAAUAACGCUGUGAAUUGCAUUAUUAGAUUAACGAAGUAUUUCAUAUUCAGCAUGAAAUACAGAAAAACUAUAAAUUGUUUUAUCAAUUAUUCAAAUAUUGAGUUUCAAAUUAAAAAAAAGAAGUAGCCCUCGACAAUGAUACACUAAACAUAUUUGAAAAUAAAUGGAAAGAAAUUAAACUUUUAAAAUCGAGUCCAGUUGUUUCUACCCAACUCAUGCAAUUUGUCUUUUUUAUAUUCCAAUUUUGUUUUUUUAUAAGCAUCACAAACAACCAAAGCACAAAAGUACACAUAAAAAGUUGUUGAAUCUAAAGGAAAACUUAAGGUAAAAAUAUGUUUAUAUUAGCAUACCUUGUAUAAUAUGUUUAAAUGUAUUGCUACUAUAUGAAAUAACUUUGUUUUGUGAUCAUAUAAAUGUAUAUAUGUUAUGUUUUAUAUUAGACAUAAAUUAUUUAGGCUC